AUGAAAAUGAUAGGGAAUGAAGGGUGGGCUGUUCCGCAUCUCCCGGGUUGGAAUCUCGUCCCAAGGUAUCUAGACAGGUGGUCUAGGGUUUUUGAGGAGGAGGAGGAUGAGGAGGAGGAGGAGGAGGAUGAGGAGGAGGAGGAGGGGGAGGAGGAGGAGGAGGAGGAGGAGGAGGAGGAGGAGGAGGAGGAGGAGGAGAAUAAGGACGUGUAUGGUGAGAAGUGGGAGGGAGGGAAGGAUGAGGAGGGGGGGAUGAAGAGGUGGAGCUCGUGGUGGAAUGUGGGGAAGGAGAAGGGCGAGGUCGGCGUGGAGGCAACGACGAGAAAUGGCCAGGAUGAGGCGGCCUGCGAGGGAGGUGGGAAGGUGUCGGUCGACGCUGGCGAAGGGGCGAACAACACGGGCGUGCAGGAGACCGGGGAAGCACCUGGUCGGCAAGGCCCUGAACUAGACGACGUUGAGGAGCUGCGAUGGGAGAACUGGUUGUUGCGGGUGGAGAACGCUCGGCUGACGACGUUGCUCGAUGCGGAGCGGGCUUGGCUGGACAGGUUUUUUGUUGGGGUCAGUGGACUCGUCGACCACGUUAAAGGGUUGGCCGAGCAGGUCAACGACACCGAGAAGUAUGCCGCGGAACAGCUGCGAAAUGCGACGGAGGCCAUGUCGAAGACCAUCACGGGCAACAUCACCGGCAGCUUUGACAAAGCGUGGAAGUCGAUGAAGACAUUCGCGGAACAGGCGACGGAGUGGUUGGAGGACUUUGAUAAUCCGGAGAGUCGUGUCGCGUAUGCACGGGCGUUAGCGGUCUCCGCAUUGGCUGAACACGUAGAUUCGGUGGUGGGCGAUGCAAAGAAGGGGUUGGAAGAGUACGUCUCGAACCACCUUGCCUCCGCGCAGGUCAACAUCGCCACCGCUGUGACCGCCAGGCUCGCCGUGCCGCCGCCGCCACCGCCUCAUCCCACGCCGCCCGCCAUCCCGGAAGAGCUUUUGAAGUCGUUCAAGGCCGACAUUAUGAAGGCAGUGACGGAGGCCACCCAGCAGUCUUUCGUUGCUUCUGGGAUGAAGAUGAUGACAGAGAUGAUCGGCACUGUGGCGCUAGGUCGACGUGGGUCGUUGCCUUCGGGCAAUGACGCCGAUAACGCGCAAAGAAAAACAGCCGAGAAGCAGGGCCAUAAGAGGACGGGCGACGGAGAUGACAAGGAGAGCUCGAAGCGGAGCAAGGGAGCGGACGGUAGCCGCGGGUCGAAGCGUGCGCAACAGGGCGUGGUCGACCAGCUAAAGACGAAGGCGGGGUGGAAGGUGGUAAGGACGUCGCACAGCAAGGGAGGCGGAAGCGGGGGAGCAGAGGGUGGCCCUGCCGACGGGGUUGCCGCUAACGUAGCUGCUCCGACUGGCCCGCCUUUGGUUGCCGAGCAGACCCAUCCUCAGGCGAGCGGUGGGAAAGACGUGACCGACAAGGAGGCACAUAGCAGGGACGUGCAGCAGCAUCCCGUGGUCAACGCCGGCCUUCCUGGAACAGCACGUCACUCCGUCACUACGCACGUUGCCGGCAAGUCGUCCGGUGCCCCACCUGCCGCGCCUCCGGUGGCCGCCCCACCGCCUGCGGACCCCAAGUCCGCUUUUCUUCGCGCCCAUUUAGGCGCACGCAAAGCAGCUGCUCCGUCAGUGACCCUGCCGGAACUCGGCAAAAGCGCGACGCCGACGUCGGUAAACGUGACCGCACCCACACCAGGUGCAUCUGUGGUCGAUGUGGCGGCGGAGAAGGGAGUGAGUGCAGCGCUCGCCACCGGCGGCCGCGCAGACAAGCAUGCCGACCUCGCUGUCGUCAUGGCCCAUUUUGAGGCAGCAAAGCGCCCCGAGCACGCCCCUGUUAUGGACACGGCGCAUGUGGUGCCGUCGGCGACCCACGGAGGGGGUUCGGUGGAGCAGACGGCCGCAACGGCUGCUGUCGCCGAGAGAAAUGCUGGACGGAAGGAAAAGGACGACAACGGGAAAGGGAAGGCGAUCUCUCAGAGGAGCACGCGGGCGAUGUCUGCGGGGAAGUUGAUGUCAGAAGAGAAAGGGAAGAAGGCGGAAGGGGAGCAGGACAAGACGGGCGGCAAGGGUAAACCGGCGAAGAAGAAGAAGGCGGAGGAGGAGGACGAGGAGGGCGGCGAGGAAGAUAAAGAGCAUGGACGAAGGGGUCAUGGCAUCCGCCGAGACAGGGCUGGCAACGGGCAAGGGUGGGUGGGCGAGAUUAAGGUAAACAGACAAAAUCGGUACAUCGGCAAGUCGAGGGAGAAGAUGGAGCUGGCCUAUGAGCACGCGAUUGCGUUCGUCGUCUACGACGGCUACGUGAGCAAGGUGCUCAUGAAGGAGCUCACCGUCUUGAAGCCGGGGGAGUUGGAUAAAUGGAAGGAGGUGUGGGCGGAGGUCAAGCUCGUUUGCCCGCUUUCUCACACUCAGUUUGCCCGCUUUCUCACACUCGGCUUGCCCGCUUUCUCACAUUAG